AUGACACGCCGACUUGUUCGAGCGGGCGUGCAGCUCGCCAUCUUCGCGUCCUUUGUCACUCUCCUCGUCGUGGUUUUGGACAACCGAUUCCGCGUCCUCCCUGCCUCCAUCCAUGGCCACCUUCCGUCCCAUUACAACGGCCUCGUCGUCACCGAUGUGACAGUUGUCACCUGUUCGUCCGUGAAUGUCUUUUCCAGCUGCAAACCAAACCCACAGACGGCAUGGUCGCAGGUGGAGAAGGAUCUUUACCUCCGCACCGGUUGGACCUCGAGCGCUUUCGUCCGCUUCGAGCGCAAGAAAGAGGAGGAGCUGCUCGCCAGCGACCAAGUGGUCAUUGACCUCAAGAUCAGCCGACUCGUACCAGAAUACUCAGAUAAGCCCGAGGACGAAAAGGAGACGUGGGAACAAAGACCCGGAGGCAUCUGGCUGAAGCGGACCGCCAAGCGGCAUGCGAGUGACUCGCAGAAGGCGAUCACGGCCGUCGAUGUUCUGUUCGGCGCGGAUGCCGUGGACCCUCGUAUUGGCUGGGAAGUGAAGGAUACCCCGCUGCUACUGGAUAGCCGGACGGAGGCCCUGGAGGCCCGGAUUAGCGUUCGGAGGGGCGAUCCCACCAAGACGAAGAAGCCAGUGCCUCGCAUCAAUGAGAACGGGCGGUUCAAGAUCAUGCAGCUCGCAGAUCUGCAUUUGAGUACGGGCCUUGGAGCAUGCCGAGACCCCGUGCCAGCGGAGUCGAUUCCGGGCCAGAAGUGCGAAGCUGAUCCCCGGACACUGGAGUUUGUGGAGCGGCUCCUGGACGAAGAGCAGCCGGACAUGGUCGUCUUGAGCGGAGAUCAGGUCAAUGGCGAGACGGCCAAGGAUGCGCAGAGCGCACUCUUCAAGUCUGUGAAGUUGCUGGUCGAUCGCAAGAUCCCCUACGCGGCUAUUUUCGGCAACCAUGACGAUGAGGGGGACCUUUCCCGACUGGAAUUAAUGACAAUACUGGAGGACCUGCCAUACUCGCUCUCGAGGGCGGGGCCUGAGGAAGUGGACGGCGUUGGAAAUUAUUAUGUGGAAGUCCUGGGCCGCGGAAGCACUCAGCACUCGGCUCUGACUCUGUACUUGCUGGAUAGCCACUCUUACUCCCCUGAUGAGCGUCAAUUCCGCGGCUACGAUUGGAUCAAACCUACCCAAAUCCAUUGGUUUAAGAACACUGCUCAUAGCUUGCGGACCAAGCACCACGAAUACACUCACAUGCACAUGAAUAUGGCUUUCAUCCACAUUCCUGUGCCCGAGUACCGCGACUCUCGCAACUACUACCGUGGAAACUGGUCCGAGGCUCCAACAGCUCCGGGCUUCAACUCGGGCUUCAAGGACGCUAUGGAAGAAGAGGGCAUUCUAUUUGUGAGCUGUGGACAUGACCACGUCAACGACUACUGCAUGCUGAACCGUGAUCACGAAGAGAAGCCAUCCCUUUGGAUGUGCUAUGGAGGUGGAGUCGGGUUUGGCGGUUACGGAGGCUAUGGGGGCUACGUGCGACGGGUGCGGUUCUAUGACUUCGACAUGAACCCCGGUCGCGUUAUGACCUACAAGCGGCUUGAGCAUGGCGAGACUGAAGGCCGCAUCGACGAGAUGAUGAUCAUUGAUGGAGGUACGGUCAAGGGACCGGAUCCAGAACUUUAA